CUCACUUGCUUGCCUUCGCGCUUCCCGAACCUCUGACUCUUCCUGAAGACUUUCAUCGCCGCUCAGUGCUAUUCACUUUGCUCGAACGACUGUAACGACCCCUCACGAUGCCAUACGUCCCCGAGGAUGCGGGCCAUACGUUCUACCACACUGCGCGGACCGUGCAGGACUCGCUUAGACCGAGUUCGGAGCAGAAAGUAACGCUAAUCGUGGCUGGGUGUUAUAUCAUCGCUAUUGGGAUUCUGUGGCAUGUCCCGUAUCUAUCGGCCAUAAUUUAUCCCUUCAAGCUACUAACCGUUGGCUUCCAUGAGAUGAGCCAUGCCUUCAUGGGUGUUCUAACAUGCGCGCGUAUCCACUCCAUCGAGCUUGACCCCAGGGAAGGCGGCGAGACCCGUAUGUCGGGGGGCAUCCCUUGGCUCACGCUGCCCGCUGGAUAUCUCGGGUCGGGCUUCAUCGGUGCAGCCCUGAUCGCGUGCGGAUUCGACACGAACGCGAGCAAGGUCGCGUCGCUCGUGUUGGCGGCGUUCUUCCUGUUCACACUGUGGUGGGCGCGGAGAGAUUGGCUAACAUGGGUGCUGAUCCUUGGAAUGGCUGGUCUCAUCGUCUUAUUCUGGUUCGUCGCGGGCGGUGUCGCCCUGCGAUACCUCAUCUUGUUCAUCGGGGUGAUGUCCUGCCUAUACGUCCUCUGGGACAUCAUCGACGACACGAUCGACCGCAAAGUGAACAGCUCCGACGCGUCCGCAUUCGCCGAGAUCUGCGGGUGCUGCCCGUCCCAAGUGUGGGGCGUCAUCUGGCUGAUCAUCGCCUUCUGCUUCUUCGCCGCGGGCAUCCUCAUCGGGCUCGCUGCCUUCAAGCAAUCCGCAGCGCAGCAGGCCUCCGACUCAGAGCACUUCCUCCCCGUGCCCGGAUCCUCCGGCGCGCGCCUCGGCUUCUCGUCGUCCCCCGCGGCGCUGCUCGGUGCAGUGUUGUCGACGUCGCUGGUUAUGUAUCUGGCUUGAGGAGGGACAACGGACGCCCAGUGAUACGAUUCCCCAGU